AUGGCCUAUUAUAAUAAUGCUUAUGAUAUAGAAUUUUUAUCGAUUGUAAAUUUAGUUAAUACUAGAAGUUCUGGUCAUAGGAUUGUUGUCCGUUCUCAAGUAAAUCAGUUCAAAUAUAUUCAAAUUAGAGCUGAGAUCUUUGGAUCAGCUAAUGCGUCUCAACAUUUAAAGAAUUCAUUUAUUCUUGUUAAAUUCGUGCAAGAAAACGGUUCAGUUGAUGUAUAUCUAAGAUAA